AAACUGGUUUAAGAUCAAGUAUAUGGUGUUGUUAGCAACGUAUCUUCUUAAAGUAACAUUCAUUAUAUAACUAUAUGUAAAAGAGCGUACAGCUAUAUAUAUUAAAACCUUAAAAAAAGAAAACCAUGGUAGAUAACCAACAAACCCAAAUGGAAACAGAUAGCAUUUCUUGUUCUAAAAAGUCAAAUUGGUCACAACAGAUAGCUGAGCUUGUAAAACUAGUUAAUUGCUUUAAUAAUGAUGGUUCCAGUAAAGAUGAAUGUGUACCAUUUAUUAUUAACAACACACAGGUUGGAUUGGUUCCACCUGAAGUGCUAAACAAGCUUGAAUUUUAUCACGAUAUAUUUUAUGUUGUUCGAGAUUUGCUUAGUAAAAAAAUUAAGUAUGUCACCAUGGCAACUACGUUAACUGAUAAGAAAACAAGAAGUCAACAAUUUGCUAAUGUCAUGAGAGACUGGAAGGAUAGGAAUUUGUUUCCAACAUUAAAAGGUUGGAGAAAUGAGCUAUAUUCAAUAAAAGAAAACAGCUCAGGUGAAACUUUGCUGGAAGUGGAAAGAGCAGCUUGUUGUCUCUUUGGCUUUCGUACAUAUGGCGUUCAUGUGAAUGGAUACGUUCGAAAUGACAGUGGCGAUGUUUACAUGUGGAUAGCACGCAGAAGUAAAACAAAACCAACAUACCCUGGGAAAUUAGACAAUACUGUGGCAGGAGGCGUAACCGCCGAAGACAGUGUUUUGAAAACAGUUAUUAAAGAAUGCAAGGAGGAAGCUGGUAUUCCUGAAAAAUUAGCAUCCACGGCUCGACCAGCUGGUAUAGUGAGCUACUUUCAUGAAAACGAGCUUGGAUUAUUUCCUGAAACGCAGUUCGUAUUUGAUUUGGAAUUACCAAGAUCAUUCGAGCCUACAAACACGGACGAUGAGGUCUCUGAUUUUUAUCUUCUACCUAUCAAAGAAGUCAAAGAGCUUAUCGCUACUGAUGAAUUCAAACCUAACUGUGCUCUCGUAUUACUCGAUUUCUUCAUAAGGCACGGUGCCAUAGAUCCAGAUAAAGAACCGAAUUACAUGGAAUUCGCGCAAAGUUGCAGAAGGUCGUUCCUAUAUUAAAACUUUGUACUCUGAUAUUUGCGCUCGUUACAAAGAAUUUUCGCUACUAAAAACUAAACUAAUGAAAGGAAGAGUACGUCGCUGUAGAAAUAUCGAAUGUCUGUAUCUUGAUUGCAAAAAGGUGCGGCAAAUAGUUCGUCUAAAUAAUGUUCGAAAGGACCCUGUGGAUCUCUUUUUUCAACUUCGUAAAAAUAUUCGUAAAAAUAUUCUAAAUAGUUUUUUAUUAUUAUAUUAUUCGUGUUUAUAUUGUAUUGUAUUUUUUGUUCUUAUUUAUUCGUAUUCAAAGAAAAUAUAUUGAAUUUAAA